CAAGCAUGACGCCUGAGCCCGCAAGAGACGGCGAAUAUAGCGAGUAGCCCAGGGGAAAAACAGAAGGACAGGUCGGCGAUCGGGCCGUUAUAUACUGUCCGGCGCGGGAGGGCAGGAGGUCAGACAAAUGAAUCUGUGAGGGGGGCGCUUCGGCGCGCGAGGCAGAAGUGUUUGGAGGACUGCAGGAGCUGAGAGCGGACGGAGCCACACAAGCCUCACAUGACGUGCGUAUGGCAGUGAGGGUGUGGAAGACCCCUCAUUGUCAAUCUGCAGACCGCUGCUACUCUUCUCUGAUCACCGCUCUGGUGAGGUGUCAACACUGCUCAUAUGGGCCGGCUGCUGAGGGGCUCUCUCGUCCUCGCCGCCCUGCUCCUCUGCGCAGCCCUGCCCGACGAUGGUAGGCCGCCACACACAAAGCAGGAGGGACACGCAGACGGCACAACACGCACACUCUCUCCAUUCGUGUGAUUGUGCGUGAUAAUCAGAGUACGGCUCGAUCAAGUCCCCCUCGGUGCCGAAGCCACCGCCCAAGAUUGACUCCGCCCUCCACCUCAUUCAGCGCAUCCGCAAUGGCGGCCCCGGUGACCGCGCCCAGUCGGCCUACGGCCUCUAUGUGUCACAGGGCCGGUCUCACAUCAUUCGAACGGUUGACGAGGACCACGUCAUUAUCGAUGCGGUGGCGACCAACGACACGGCGGCCCUGCUGGCCGACCUAGAGGAGGUCGGCAUGAAGGGCGGCGGGGCCUAUCACCGGUGGGUCAGCGGAUGGCUGCCCAUCCGUGCCAUCCCCAACCUCGGGCAGCUGUCGUCGCUCCACCACGCGAGCCCCGCUGCCGUGGCCACACAGGCGGGCAUGAAGAGGAUGGACAUUCUUGUGGAGAGGGACAUCAAGAGGCGGCUGCUGCAGAGGCAAGAAGAGGGAGAGGGCGGUGAGAAAGACGAGGGCGCCAUGUCCGGCUUUGACCAGGACAAGGUGGCCAGCGAUGCGAUUGAGAAGAAGAUUCAGCUGGGGCUGAGGUCGCCCCCAGCUGCCUUCAGGCCCCCGGCCGAGGACAUCAUUCCGCCGCCAUUCCAGGACAUUGUCCCGCCGUUUGCCGGGCAGGAGCCGUUCAUCCCCUUCCCAGGGAGCCCCAAUGUCAGCCCUAAGCACAAGCAGGGGAAGGGCAAGGGCAAGAAGCACAAGAAGGGCAAGUCGGGCAAGCAGGGCAAGAAGGGCGGCGGGGCCAUGGGCGGGAACGGCAAGAACAAGAAGUGGAAGGACAAGCAGCACCGCUUCAAGGAGCACAGCUGGACCAAGGGCACCAUGGUCAAGGAGGGGGAGAGGGGCAGCAUCGUCUCGGAGGCCGACGCCGCAAUGGGCACCGACCAAGUGCGGGCCACAUACAACAUCGCAGGCGAGGGCAUGACCAUCGGUAUCCUCUCGGACUCAUUCGACAAGGCCAGCGGCCUCAGGACCGACGCCGACCAGGACAUUGAGGACGGCAAUCUGCCCGACAUGGGGCAGAUCAAGAUCCUCAAGGAGGGACCGAGCGGGUCGGACGAGGGUCGCGCCAUGAUGCAGCUCAUCCACGACAUCGUCCCGCGAGUCGACUACCUCUUCCACACGGCCUUUGCGGGCCUUGCAGACUUCGCUGCGGGCAUCGACAAGCUGGCCGACAAGGAGGUGGACGUCAUGACCGAUGACGUCAUCUACUUCCGGGAACCCAUGUUCAUGGACGGUACACACCGCACACACAGCAUUUGAUUCCGACACAUGUGCGCAUUUCUUCGGUGUGUCUCAUUCACUUAGGUCCCAUCGCACAGGCAGUUGACGACGCGUACCGUCGUGGCAUCCCCUAUUUUUCCUCUGCGGGCAACAACGGCCGGCAGGGCUACAGCAGCGAGCUGAGGCUCUCUGACAAGAAGGGCGUCAACGGCGGCAUCGCACACGACUUCGACCCAGGCAGUGACGUGGCCGAUCGGCAGAAGGUGACCAUCCCUGUCGGCUCGCGGAUGCUGCUGGUGAUGCAGUGGGAUGAGCCGUACUACUCAGUGACGGGCGACGAGGGAUCGCAGAGCGACCUGGACGUCUACCUGCUCGACGCCAAGGGCAACGCCGUCAGCUAUGGCGGCAACAGCAACAACAUCGACGGCGACCCCAUCGACAUGUUCGAGUACUUCAACGACGGAUACGUCGACGAGGACGACGAUGACGGCGCCGACGAGACGUUCUACCUGCAGAUCGUCAAGGACAGCGGCAGCACCCCCACCCGCGUCAAGUACGUCAUGUUCGGCUCCAGCAGCGUCAAGAUCGAGGAGUUCGCCGGCGAGUACACGGGCACCCUCUACGGCCACGCCAACUCGCACGGCGCCAUGGCCGUGGGCGCGGCAUUCUACGCCAACACGCCCUACUACAUCAAGAAGAUGCGGGGCACCAGGGGCGAGGAUGACGACGAUGACAACGCCAAGAAGAAGCUGGCCGUCAAGCCAGAGACAUUCAGCUCGGCGGGACCGCAGGCGAUCUGGUUUGACAACGACGGGAAGCGCCUCCAGACGCCCGUGCUGCGGCAGAAGCCGCAGGUGACCGCGCCCGACGGAUCGAACACCUCGUUCUUCAUCCCCGGCGUCGAGUAAGGGAUCAAAAACCCGCCAGAUUGCCGUCAUGUCUCGCUCCAUGGCUGCUGUGUCUUGUGUAUGUGUGUGUGUAGUCCUGAGGACGACGGUUAUUUUAAUUUUUACGGGACGUCAGCUGCCGCGCCUAACGUGGCUGCCGUGGCCGUCCUGAUGAAGCAGGUCAACAAGAGCCUCAAGCCAUCGCAGCUCUACAACAUACUCAUGGAAACGGCAUCCGACAUCGACGGUAUGCAUUCAUUGACUGCAGACACACAGACGGGAGGAGCAGAGAACAGCCGAGGCACAUACGGGUGCAUGUUCAUGUCUGUGUGUGUCUGUGUGUCUCUGGCACAGAUCCUGAGCAUGAGGAGCAGCAGAAGGGUUUCGACUAUAGCACUGGUGCGGGCCUCAUCGACGCUCCCGCUGCCUUUAAGGCCCUCAAAACCAGAUGUAUGUAUGAAACAAUCCAUUCAGGCAGAGACGAGACGCCACCACACGCCCAUGUGUCUAUUGGUUGACGUGGCGCGUGUGCACGUGCAGCCGAGUACGAGAUGUCGGCGUCUUUUGGCGGCGAGAACCCAGCUGAGUACUGCCGUCAGAUGAACGGCAUCUUCGACCUGGACUCGGACGCCUGCUGCCACAGAGGUGGGCCCGGCACGACAAUACGCUCUUGACGCAGACAGACGUCAUGUGUGUGUCUAUCAGAUUGCGGUUCGUGUGGCAACGAGGAUGAUGGUGACGUCAAGUGCGAGGCGCGGCCACUGGGCGUCGACUGCUGCAUCGAUACGGCCAAGGACAUGGACGACGACUGCAUCAAAGCCGCUGGACCGCCCUGCAUCUUUCCGUAGCCAUCCUUGGCUGUCUGCCUGUCUUGCUUCCCCCCCCUUCUCACCCCUCAUCUGUGUAUAUGCGCUGGCGUGUAUAGCCUCUCUCUCCAUGUCAGCCUACCCGCCUGCCUGUCUGGCCUCGAUCGCGAAUAUCGUAUACAUAUGCUGAGGGGAUUUGUCAAGUCUGUCUGUUUGGCCGUUCCCUCCCUCACCAUGUGCAUGUCUGUCUUUAGUGUGAGGAGCCUCGUGUCUGUAUGGCGGGAGGGGUGCAAGCGUGUAUGCGCAGCAAGUUGUGGAUACGGUGCCAGACAUCUGUAGGUAUUGGUCUACUUGUGUCGAUAGGUGCCAGCAAACUAACUCUUUGUGGUCAUACGGAGAUGGACAGACAGACAGACAGACAGACACACACGGUUGCGUAUGAUGGUUACGUGUUCGAUCUGUGCCGCAUACAUACUGAUCUAACAUAUACACAUACAUAUAUACAUAUAUCGCAUGUUGUACAUGCGGCCGUGCUGCGUGUACGUGUGCACGUGUGUGUUCGUGCGGUUUGCGUUUCGUCUAUCUAUCGCAUGGCAUGAAUGACAUGUGGCGUGUUGAUGUCCGUGUGCGUGUGGAUGGUGCUCGAUCCAUGAUGGAUGGACUCGGACUAAGUAUAUGUACGUGUGUGUGUGUGUGUUUGUGUACCUGCGGGUGAGAGACAAGGGAUUCAACGUCC